AAUGAAUUGUUCCUUUAUCUUAAGAACAACAGUUUAAUUGGAAGCCUGUUGUUUCACAUGCAAAUUUCCAGGAUAUUACACAGCAGAUGGGCGGAGACUUGAGAACGUUUCUUUCAGACUUCUUGCUCUCAAUGACAGAGUCUGUCCGACAGAGCAACAUGACACACUGGGGAUGUCUAAUAUGGAUUUUCUUCUUGUUGCAGGGAGUAGUUGCAGCUGAUGUGGGGACUCUGCCUCAUGUCUCAAAGUACCAGACAGUGAUUCCUCAAAGGCUGAAGGAUUUAUCUCUCAUCAAAGAUACUGCUGCUCACCAGAAAUAUCCUGAUGUACUCCAAUACUCAUUAAGUAUAGAAGGGGGGAAAUAUACUUUACACCUGGAGAAGAACAGAGAUCUUGUUGGGAACAACUUUACUGUGAUAUCUUACUCCGAUGAUGGUGCCAAAGUGUCAUCUACUCCAGAUCUUGGGGUUCAUUGCUACUACCACGGGCACGUUGUAGGAGUGGAGGAGUCCUCUGCCAGCAUUGGAUUGUGUUCAGGAAUGAAGGGCUUUGUAACCCUCCGAAACCAGAUGUACCUGAUUGAACCUUUGGCCAGCGAGGAAGCAGGAAAGCUGGACAACAGAGAAAACCCCAAACUUUACAGAGAUGAGGGUCCUCAUGCCGUUUACAACUACAAACACCUGAGGAGGAAGCGAAGCUCCUGUUCCCAUGGAAACACGACCACUUUCUAUGAUCACGGAGCUCGUCCGUCUGGACUAUUCCAGCUUGGCAGUCUGAAAAGCAGAGCUCAGACCAAACAAUAUGCAGAAAAACCCAGGACGGUGGAGCUGGUUGUGGUGGUGGAUUACUCUGAGUACAAGAAUUAUAGGAGUAAGAAAACUAUCGAGUCAAGAGUGCUUGAAAUCGCAAAUCAUGUGGACAAGCUAUACCGCCCUGUGGGUGUUCGGGUGAUGCUGGUUGGUUUGGUUAUUUGGUCAAACAAGGAUCAGAUUGAGGUUAGCAGCAACCCCGAUCAGACCCUCAUUCGCUUCCUUGAGUGGCGUCAGCAGAACCUGGUACAAAAGAUCAAGCACGAUAAUGCACAGUUUAUCACAGGCAUCGAUUUUGAAGGCUCCACUGUUGGGUUGGCAAACACCAAUGCCAUGUGCACCUCUAACUCUGGAGCUGUCAAUGAGGACCACAACACUAAUGCAAUAGGAGUGGCUUCCACCAUUGCACAUGAAAUGGGCCACAACUUGGGCUUGACUCAUGACACUGAGAACUGUGUGUGUGGCUCCUAUACAUCAAAAAAGGGCUGCAUCAUGGCUGAGAGUGUUGGCAUCGUGUAUCCUGAGCAGUUCAGCAGCUGCAGCAAACUGCAGCUCAACAAGUUUUUGGAAGAGUACAACCCUGCCUGUCUGCUGGAUACUCCCUCCACCAGUCGCAUCUAUGGCGGGCCUGUGUGUGGAAAUGCCUUUUUGGAGCCUGGGGAAGAGUGUGACUGUGGUUCAGCUAAGGAAUGCACAAAUCCAUGUUGCAAUGCCACAACCUGCAAGCUGAAUGUAGGAGCUCAGUGUGCAGAAGGAGAAUGCUGCCACAACUGCCAACUGAAACCAACAGGCAGCAUCUGUCGACCAAAAGCAGGAGACUGCGACCUGGCUGAAUAUUGCACAGGCUUCUCCUCAUCCUGCCCGGCUGACACCUUCGCUCAAAAUGGCCUGUGGUGCAACGGUGGAAAAGGAUACUGCUAUAAUGGAAACUGUCCAUCUCGACAGGAACACUGCAAAAGACUUUGGGGACCAGAUGCUGAAGUAGCUGCAGACGAGUGUUUCAUUCGACACGGAAACUGCAGGAAGUUUAGCCAAAGAUGUACAGUUAGGGAUCAAUUUUGUGGAACUCUUUUCUGCUCUGGUGGGUGGAAGUUUCCGGUGACGUCUAUGAAGUCGUACUAUGUAGUAGGAAAUGGAGUCACAUGCAAUGAAGCAACCAUGAAACCUGAAGACAACUACCCUUCAGAUUUGGGCAUGGUGCCUACUGGAACCAAGUGUGGAAACAAUAUGGUCUGCUACAACAAUCGAUGUGAAGACAUCAGAAAUAUAAAAGCCUAUGGAAAAAAUGACUGCUCAUCUAAAUGCAACAACCAUGGGGUAUGUAACCACGAAAGUAAGUGUCAUUGUGACCCGGGAUGGGCUCCACCUUUCUGUGAUGUGCGACAAUCAGAGCUGACUCAAGAUCCAAGCUCAAUUGUGGUUGUUGUUUCUGUGAUCAUUGGCCUGCUUCUGCUCUUGGUCCUGGUUGUUGUGAGUCUGAUGUGCUACACCCGAAAAAGGGCACCUUCAAAGAGAUGGCUGACUACCUUAGGACAAUCAAACCCAGUGUUCCGGUCAAGUGGUACACGAGGAGCUCCUCCUGUGGGGUCCAAGGCCAUUAGCCAGCCUGUAUUUUUGGAGUCGUCAGCUACUCAAGCCUGCAAACCUUUGUCUUUUCCUCCAAAUCGAUUUGAUAGAGCUAUGAAGCCGUGCAGAGCCGCUCCCGAGCCCCCCAAAUACACACCAGCAAUACCUCAGUCAACAAGAAAAUACCAGGAUUUAACACAGCCAACAGCAGUGUCACGGCUACCCAUAUAUGCUGAGAAUAAGCCCCGGCCACCAUCCAGACCUCUUCCACCACUAACAGCAAAACCAAUCAUGAAGCCAAAACUUCCAACUCCUCCAGUGAAGCCAAAGCCUUCUGCAGUCCUGUCUUCGCUUCCUCACACUCAGCUGAUUGGGAAGAGAGCUGUUCUCAUGCCCCCGAGCCGACCAAGAUGACAGGGGAAUUAUUUUGGCCACCAUGUAAACGCUGAGAUUCUGUGGCCGACGAUAUUGUUUUGUCCUUUCCACAAAAUCUACUCAGGAAAUGCUUAACUGUUUUUAAGCAAAAACAAGAUCCACUGAAGGAUCAGCAACUAAAUGACAGAGCUUUUCUGUCAGCUACGGUCCCCCUGUGGAUCGUCACUGCCAGUGUCCUGCUAAUGUCUGUGUUGAUGCAAAUCCAAAGCCAUGUUUCCACUCAACCCGAGUGCUUUAUUUAUAUCAAAGAGUCUUCAGGAGAAAUCUUUGCUGCCUUGAUUCUCAGAUGUGUGUACUCUUUAUAAGGCAAAUGCACUAUCUAUUUUUCUGUUUACAUGCACAACAUUACUCUGGGUAUGACUGGAAUGUUUCUAACUACCCUGGUUAUGUGCUGCACAUCUUAAUCUGUAUUCAGAGACCUGAACAUGUUUGAAUGCUGGGUUGGAGAAUCCUAAAUAUGGUACUUGUGGACUUUGAUAGAAACCAGGAUACUGGAAUAUCUGAUCAACAAAUUUCUGAAUUCUAUCUGCCAAGAUGAUGAACACACAGUUAGACUCACACGAUCAGAAUCUGAGGAUAUUUACACGACUGUGAAUACUGGGAAGUAAGACAUCCAGGUCUCGCAUGCUCCAUGUAAACACAGCUUCGGGAAUGUAAUCCAAAUUUAGAAGAGUCUCGAAACUGUUAUAAGAAAAAAAGAAUGAGAAUGUAUUACGAUGCUUUAUUAGCUGCUACAAUGUUGUAUUUUUGCUUUACCUUAAAAUAUUGACUUGCAGACAAUCACAAAACAUGUCCAGAUGUAAAAAAAAAAUAUUUUGUCUUACUGAAAAUAGUACUAAAAAGGGAGAAAUAUUUUGAGGUACCUUAAUCUCAACCUUAUAAUGCAUCACUUUGUGUACAUUUAAAGUCUUCUUUUUGUCUUCACUUUUUGCAACAUUGUAUUUUUGUGUUUUAGUCAUUUAUUUCCUUUUUGUAUUUAUUUUCCUUCCUAACUUUUUGAAUGGAUUUUAUAGAAUAGAUAAACUUUUUUUUGAUUGAGUGAUUAGUUAUUUAAUUUCUCUUAUUAAAAUAAACAUUUUUUAAAAUCGACUUUUUACAUAAUCUGUGUAGAUUAAGGAUUAAAACUGUAUGUCUUUUGUCUAGAAUUUUUUUGUGUCUUUGGUAUUAUAUGUGUUGUCUGGUUUAUUUUGACAGUAUGGGCAUCUGUACCAAGGCCACUUUUAUUUUAACAAAUAAUUUCUAACAUUUUGUAACUAUUUGUUGGGGUUGAUUUUAUUUAUUGUUUGAUUUUGUGGACAUGGUUUGACAUCUGCUCAUGCAGUGUUGCAUUCUGGGAUGACUUUGCCUUUAUUUCUCUUAAUAAAACUAAAGAAAGCACAUUA